UAGGGAUCUGUGGUAGGGAUUUGUAGAGUAGAGGGGAGAGAAAAUUUCGAACUUAAAACCAAAAAUAAAAAUUUAUUUAUAUAUUAGAUUUCUGUCUUUUAUAUGCUGUGAAUACUGUGAUGUACAUUUACUCUAUUCUGAUAUAAAAUAGACGUGCGUAUGUUUAACACUUUCAGACUUUCAAGACAGUGUUUCCAAAAGUUUUUAUUUACUUCUGCAAAUUCAAAAUUUAAAUUUCAUUUAACAGCAAGCAAUAGAAUGGCAGAUAAAAUAGAUAAAGAGGAACUAAGAAAGAAACUAACACCUUUACAGUAUCAUGUUACACAAGAGAAAGGCACUGAAAGACCAUUUUCAGGAUGUUACAAUAAAGUUUACGAUGCUGGUACUUAUGUCUGCAUAGUCUGUCAGCAGCCCCUUUUUACCUCAGAAACCAAAUACGAUUCAGGUUGUGGUUGGCCCGCUUUUAAUGAUGUAUUAGAUCAAGGAAAAAUUAAACUCACUCCAGACACAAGUGGAGGCCGCAUCAGGACGGAAGUGACCUGCGCCCAGUGCGGUUCCCAUCUAGGCCACGUGUUCAACGACGGACCGGCACCCACCAAGAAGAGGUACUGUAUUAAUUCGGCAUCGAUGGACUUUAUACCGCACCAAAAAGCCGACGGUGAUAGCUAGGAUUAAGAACAAUUUUAUGUUUGCGUACUUAAAAUGGUCUUGUUUUGUUGUUUUUAGUUUAUAUAAAAAUCUAAAUUAUAUUAUAUUUUAAAUUGUUUCAGAAAAAAUUGUAUUUGCUAUACCGGUAGUCUCAGUAACCCUGUUUCAGUGGAAUGCCGUAUAAUUGUAAAGGUAGUAUCAGACAUAGCUACUUUUGUUGCGCAGCACAUUAAAAAAUGCGCAACUUGAUCUGCUGCAAGUGUGAAUACCUAGGCAACCUGCAACGUUGCGAUCGCAGCUUGGUUGCGUAGGCUACUUUUUUGUUGCGCGCAGUUUAAGAAAUAGCCGUGUGUGAACUGUUGUUGAGGAAGGUUGCAAGUGCAGCAAAAUAUUACUAAUCAGUUGAAACUUUUACUGCUGACAUCGCGUUAAGGUAGUAUCAGACAUAGCUGCUUUUGUAGCGCAGCACAUUAAAAAACUGCGCAACUUGAUCUGCUGCAAGUGUGGAUACCUAGGCAACCUGCAACGUUGCGAUCACAGCUUGGUUGCAUAGGCUACUUUUUUGUUGCGCGUAGUUUAAGAAAUAGCCGUAUGUGAACAGUCGUUCAGGAAGGUUACAAGUGCAGCAAAAUAUUACUAAUCAGUUGAAACUUUUACUGCGGACAUCGGUGCAGUAUUCUGUUGGUAUGCCCGAAAUGUAUACACUUUUUUUCAGUUAACUCCAGGAUUUAUAUGUAGGUAUUUAGUUAAGAAUUAACCGACAAAUUGCGAUGUCGUCGAAGUCAAAACAAGCGAUUUGGAACAGAGAACAAGUAAAAUGUUUAAUAGAGCGUAAAAAGUCCAUUCUAUCACAACCAAAAGAAAAGACGAGCCGCUAUUUCGGAAAUUUCUUCUAAAUUACAUAUGUCCGAUGAAGACAUAAAAAAGGAAAACUACACGUUGCGUGCACAAUAUUCGAAAGAACGUUCAAAAAUGAAAAGUUCCAAAUCCGGUUUGCUCUUCCAAAAGGUACACACACGAUACCUUGAGCUGUGGGUGGUGUACUGUUGAAUGCUGCCCCUCCAAGGCUGCGGCUACCAAAAUAUGUUGCAAAAGUAGCGCUUUGGUAUGAACAUAUGCAAAGCAUGUAUUGUCCAUUCUCUCACAACCAAACGAAAAGACGAGCCGCUCCCUGACCCACACUCUUGUUUUUUUUUUGUCGCCGCUUUUGUUUCGCCGCCAAAGUCACAUAUAAAUAUGCCGCUGCUAACACUGUUUCGUAUUCCAUUUAAAAAAAAAACGCAACCGUCUCCCAAAAGGUACACACACGAUACCUUGAGCUGUGGGGUGGUGUACUGUUGAAUGUUGCCCCUCCAAAGCUGCGGCUACCAAAAUUUGUUGCGAAAGUACCGCUUUGGUGUGAACAUAUGAAAAGCAUGUAGUGUCGACCUGCAACUUUUUUAGGCAGCUGCUGCAUAAAAACUGCGCGUUUUGGGCUACUUUCUGCUGGUGUAUGAACCCUGUGUGCAACUUUUUUAGCGGCUUCAAAAAAAUUGCGCUACAAAAGUAGCUGUGUCUAAUACUACGUAUGUUGUAAAAAGAUCGACGAAUUUGACGCGAACUCUGCGGUUGACAGAGAAAACUUGUGAUGGCUAUCUUUAUGCUUGAGAACUAAAAGCCAAGUCUAAACUGUUGUUUAAAAUGUUGCUAAAAUUAAUUUACUAAAAAUUACUAUGUCUGGAAAAAUAUUAUUAUGGACCGUAACAUAGCAUUACCUCAGAACACAUUUAUAUCCACUGCCUAGGUCUAGGGUUUUUUCGUUUGAGUCAUGGUAUUAUCAUACAAGAUGCCAAAAUGUAGAGGAAAAGUGAUAAGAACUAAUAUAAUAGCUUAAAAAUACAGUAGUUUUAAUGGCGACCGCGGUUCAUUCAGUUAAAAAUCCAUAUACACGACGAGGCUGCAGCUCUACUUGAAAAGAGAGAACUUCUUUCUACAAACGUGUAAGAAAGUAUAUACCUGAAAAACUAAAAAUAAUGUAUUUCACAGAGGAUUGGGCCAGCUGAACUGAAUGAAUCCGAAGUCUUAAAGCUUUUCAAAAUUGUGACUCAAAAUCGUAGCAUAUUCAAGAUCAAAUUACCGUUAUCGAUAAUGGAAAUAAAGCAGUAGAGCUCGGUAAAACCGAGCCUGAGAAAUAAAGCAGUAGAACCCUGUAAAAUUGAUCUUUGUGCAAAAUUUGAUCAAGACAAUUUCAAUUUUUUAAAAAAACCAGAGGCAAAAGAGCACGAGCAAAAACACCCUUACUUAUAAAUUAACAAAUAAAAUAUGUUUCUUUGUUAUGGUCAUUUUGUUUUUUUGUGGAUUUGGGCCGGUUGCCUGUUAUUCCCGGGCCGGUUUCCAUUUCCCCAUCCACCCCUGUUUGUGCCUAUACUGUAACAUUGUAGAGUUACAUUAUUACAUUAUAUUUAUUAGUUGUAGUAUUACAAUUCUUUCAAUCAACGGUAUUACAGAGUUGUAGACGAUUGUAGUUUAAAAUAAAAACAAUACACUUUCUGUCAAACUGAAAGUCAUACCAGACACCAGACGGUACUAUAUCAUAGUAAAAAAAUUCACGCAUGUUUCAAUUUUACAUGCAACUGAUAUUCCAUUGAAGUAUUCCAUUGAAACAAGGGUUUUGAGACAUCCGGUAUUAGACGGUUUUCGUGUUGUUAUAAAAAGUAAUCAAUAUUUUGAAUGUGAUCACCAUUCACUUUGAUGUAUUUUACCAGCAAAAAUAAUGGCAUUACUAUACCCAAUAAAAUUGAAUAUUAAGUCAGAAUAGUACUAGCAAUUUAAAAGUAAAAUUAACUUCGUUUUUUUGUCAGAUAUCCUUAAUAAUAUUAAUUUCAAAAUAAAAGAAACUUACGAAUUAGUAUGUCACUAAUAGACUCAUAUAGGUUCACAUUCUUUCUGCAUUACUUUCCUUUGUAUUUGUUUAUGUUUUAUCUUAUUUGUCUCAACCUCUAUUUUUCUCAAAAUAUAUCAUAGGUUUUCUUAUCAUCAAAGGUGAUUUCGACGUAACUAUCAUAAUGAUAAAAACCUACUGAUUUCUCCUGAUUUUAGGUCUAAAAUGAUCAAUUAAAUUUAUAAUUGAAUACAUAUAAUAUACAGUUGUACAAAUAUAGGAAGAGACUUGGGGAUAGCACCGGUCGCGUGUUAUUUUAUAUUUCUCACGUCUCUAGCUAUACUUGUUAAGUUGUACUCUAUUUUAACGAAUUCAACCAUACUAAAAUGAAUGUGUAAA